AGCAACACAUUCACAUCUCUAGGCCAUUGCCACAUACAAUUUCACUGAUCAAACAAACAAAGCAAAUUUGGUUACAAGCCUCAAGCUCCGAAUGGCUUCCGCUUGGGCUUCUUCUUCUGCCAUUGCAGCCGUUGCCAUAUCUUCUCCCAGCUCCCAGAAGGCUGGGUCUACUUUGGCAGCAACAAAGGCUUCUUUCUUUGGUGGGAGGAAGCUCAGAGUGAGGAACUUGACAGCAUCCUCUGGAUCAUCAACAUCUUUCACGGUACGUGCUGCUGCAGCUGACCCUGAUAGACCCUUGUGGUUCCCAGGCAGCACCCCUCCUCCAUGGCUCGAUGGAAGCCUCCCAGGAGACUUUGGCUUUGACCCCCUUGGUCUUUCAUCAGACCCUGACAGCUUGAGAUGGAACCAGCAAGCAGAACUUGUACACUGCAGAUGGGCUAUGUUAGGUGCAGCUGGCAUCUUCAUCCCAGAAUUCUUGACCAAAAUUGGCAUUCUAAACACCCCUUCAUGGUACACCGCUGGAGAACAAGAGUACUUCACAGACACCACCACUCUGUUUGUUGUUGAGCUGCUUUUGAUUGGGUGGGCCGAGGGCAGGAGAUGGGCCGACAUCCUCAAGCCUGGGUCUGUUAACACCGACCCGAUCUUCCCCAACAACAAGCUCACCGGAACGGACGUUGGGUACCCAGGCGGGCUUUGGUUCGACCCACUUGGAUGGGGAAGUGGUUCACCUGAAAAGAUCAAGGAGCUGAGGACAAAGGAGAUUAAGAAUGGGAGACUGGCUAUGUUGGCUGUGAUGGGGGCUUGGUUCCAACACAUUUACACUGGCACUGGCCCAAUUGACAACCUCUUUGCUCACCUUGCUGAUCCGGGCCAUGCCACCAUCUUUGCUGCUUUUACUCCCAAGUGAGAGGAAAGUGAGGGAUUUCUAAUUGGGAUUUGAGUGUGGGAGAAGGGGCAACAUUGGUGAUCACAUACUCUUUUAUUAAUCCGUCUUAGAGAUAUGUGUUCUUCCAAGGAAAAUUUAUAGGACUAAAACUUGUAAUAUCAGAGUCUCGAUGUGUUUUACUUUUUCACAGAAUGAUCUUCUGUGUGUACAAAAAUCUCUCUGGACUUUGAUUCCGUAUGUAUCAAAUCAGCUGGUGACGCAUCCAUAUUAUAUUA